AUGGAUCGAAGAGAUCCUAUGGCAUUAUCUGGGUCUACAUCUUACUAUACUCAGAGAGGAAUAGCUGUCCCUGGUUUUGGAGGACACCCUGAGCUUCAUGGAUCACCAGGCAUUCAUCAAUUGUCGAAUCCAAAUGUGUCGUAUCAGUCCAAUAUGGGAGGCAGUACUAUGGGAUCAACACUACUAGUAGAACCUCCUUCAGCUAUGUUCUCCCAUGGUGUCAAUGUGGGUGGUGGACAAGCUAUGAUGUCAUCAAAUGAGCAAAUUAAAAGGAAAAGAGGAAGGCCUCGGAAAUACGGACCUGAUGGAUCUGUAUCCUUGCAACUGUCUCCUUCUCCUGUUACCAAUCUUGGAAUGGCAUCACCAACCCAGAAGCGCAGUAGGGGAUGAAUAAAAGGGACUGGGAAGAAGCAACAAUUAGCUUCUCUUAGUACGUUUCUGAUAGAAAAUUUGAGUUUUGUUUUGUGCUUGAUCAUUACUUGCUGCGACGUACAGAGCAAAAAUGUGUUCAAAUGUUGAGUUUCCUGGUCUUUUAAGAAGUCAGCUAUUCAUUUACUUUAUCUUGGUUUGCUUUCAUAUUGCAAUGUAUUUUUUAAUAGUUGAGUCGCUCGAAAAAAAAUUGACGAAUGAGAGAACAGAAAUAGAACAUAAAAGAAAAUGGACAUGUGAAUAAAAAAAACUAUGCGUUGUAGGAUUCUUCUUCUAAUGUUAAUUUGUAAUUUUAGAUAAUAAAUCUGAUAGGGUCUUGGGGGAAGGUAAUGAGGGGAGGGUGUUGGAAAAAGUUACCAGCGUUCUCUGCAUAGGGUGAUCUUUUGGUGGAGAGUUUUUGUAGGUAGAUUUGAUUGGGACUCCAGGAGUAUAUGGUUGUAUAUAAGCAUGUUUUGAAAGAUUCAAAGAUGCUCUUCUUGUAAAGUCUUUGUUAAUUUGGUUGUUCAUAGCAGCAUCUAAUAAAGCUAUCAAAAUUAGACAGCAGAAAAACGACUGCUGAAUAUUUGGUACAUCUUUAACUUAUUUGUGUUUGUGAACGUGUACAUUUAUAUGUUUUUUUCUCUUAUAUUCAUCUAUAUAUAUAGCAUAUACUAUUGGGCAAUUUUAUUCUCAAUAUUUUUAUGUUUGUGAUUCUGUUGCUCAUUAUAACCUCUAGUAAUGAAAUAGCCGUGGGCAUAUAUUUUAUUAUAAUUUAGUUCUAAACUACAAAGGUUUAGUAAAUGUAUUUUUUAUAUAUCACUUGGUAUGCGUGAUAUUCAAUGUUGAUUAUUUUUGCUAGGUGAAUGGCUAUCUGGUUAUGUCGGGAUGGGUUUUACUCCACAUGUUAUCACUGUUGUAGUUGGAGAAGUAGUCAUUCCUUUCAUUAUUAUGUAUUCUUUUCUUAUUGUCAGUAUUUUAGAUCAUGAAAUAUACAAGCUUCAUUUUGUUAUGGAGUUGCCAAUUUAUAUACAUAUAUAGGGUUUUGGAAUUUCUGUGGAUGCUGAUA